AUGGCAAUCGUCAAAACAUACUCUCUCACAUACUUUUUGUACAUCGAGUCACCAAAUACAGAAGAGAUUAGUGAACCGAACAGUUUAAUUAAUUGGUAUCUCUACUCGCCAUCAUCUUCUACAUACGUUAAAGCAAAUAAAUACAAAAAAAGCAUAGCUCACCCAAGAGCAGCACUCCAUUGGACAAAGGGAGGUAUGGUCCUCUCACUGUGGUACGUGGACGUCAGACAAGUUGCGUAA